AUGGAAAGAAAUAGGAAACUAAGAAAAACCUUCAGAACAGCAUUUACCAGAAUUUAUAAUGGGAUAAAUGAGGAGCUAUGCAAAGAUGAGCAAGACCUACACAAUAUACAGGGUAAAUUGAGCUCUCUUGAAGGUAAGAUAGAGCUAAAAACUUUGGACAGGGAAAUUUUAGAUUUCUUGCUUGAUUCUGAAGCAGAUGAAGAAGAGUUAAAUGAAGAAGUUAGGCUAGCAGAUGAAUAUGUAGAGAAGUUUAAUCGAAUUAGUUUAGCUGUACAGAGUAGAUUGAUUAGGUCUAGGGCCACUUCACCUAAUUCCAAUGGGUCUGUAAUGAGUAAAUCUACUGCUGUUAGGACUAAGCUGAAGCUACCUACUAUUGAAUUCACAAAGUUUAGCGGGGAUUUGAAGGAUUGGUUACCUUUUUGGGCACAAUUCAAAAGAAUAGAUGAUGACGAGAAUAUUGACGAUAUUGAUAAAUAUCAUUAUCUUGUGCAGGCUACUUUAGCUAAUUCUAGGGCUCGUCAGCUGGUCGAAAGCUAUCCUGCUACCGCUGAGAACUAUUCAAAAGCUUUGCAAAGUCUUAAAAGUCGUUUUGGUAGAGAUGACCUUCUCAUAGAAGUGUAUGUUAGAGAGCUUUUGAAGUUAGUUCUGAGUAAUUUAAACAGUAAGGUAGAAGUUUCUUGCAUUUACGAUAAACUGGAAACCCAGCUAAGAGCAUUGGAGACAUUAGGAGUAACAACUGACAAAUGUUCUGCUAUGUUAUAUCCUCUUAUAGAGUCUUGUUUGCCUGAGGAAUUGUUGAGAGCUUGGCAGCGUCACUCCGGCUAUGAAGUUGAUGCUGAACUUAAGGAUAGACUUGAUGGCUUGAUGAAGUUUUCUGCAAAAGGAGGUUGCUAA